UCUCUCUCAAUAACCCAAACAAGCUACACCAAACCCAAAAACAAACAAGAACCAUUACUCUUCAGAGCAAAUCAAUCCUCACUUCAAUACACCAUCGUCUUUGCCAAAAUAGAGAACAAUGCCUACUUCAGCAGCAGCAGCAACAGCAACAAAUACUUGGAUUCAACCUAAAAAAUUGUCAUCAUCAUCUUCUUCUUUUUCACACUAUUCUUCUAAUUCAUUGGUGGGCUUGGGCUCCAGGCCCAUAAGAAAGCCCAACAAAGUCACUUUUUGUUCUCUACAAACACCUUCAAUUCUCCAUUUACCCAAACAGUCCCCAGCAGCAUAUACACCAUCAACUUCCACUAUCUCUGCUCCUUCGACUGAUAAAGUUCAAAAUCCACAACAAUGGAACUUGUUGCAGAGAGUGGCUGCUAUGGCUUUCGAUGUUGUUGAAGGAACUUUGAUUUCUAAAGAACAACAACACCCGCUCCCCAAAACUGCCGAUCCUCUUGUCCAAAUCGCUGGCAAUUUUGCUCCCGUGCCUGAACAACCCGUCAGAGGCAAGUUACCGGUGGUUGGGAAAAUCCCAGAAUGUAUUCAAGGUGUAUAUGUACGGAACGGUGCGAACCCACUUCACGAACCGGUCGCCGGUCACCACUUAUUCGACGGAGACGGCAUGAUCCACUCUGUCCGGCUCGAAAACGGAUCUGCGAGCUAUGCUUGCCGUUUCACCGAAACGAACCGUCUGGUUCAGGAGCGUGAAUUGGGCCGUCCAGUGUUCCCAAAAGCCAUUGGUGAACUCCAUGGACACUCUGGGAUAGCAAGGCUUGCGUUGUUCUACGCUCGCGGACUAUUCGGGUUAGUUGACCCCACCCACGGAACUGGUGUCGCUAACGCCGGACUCGUCUACUUCGACAAUCGUCUCCUAGCGAUGUCUGAGGACGAUUUGCCUUACCAUGUUCAAGUUCUUCCCUCCGGCGACCUCAAGACCGUCGGUCGGUAUGAUUUCGAUGGACAGCUUAAAUCGACCAUGAUUGCCCACCCUAAAAUCGACCCGGUAUCCGGCGAACUAUUCGCUUUGAGCUACAAUGUUGUACAAAAACCGUACUUGAAAUAUUUCAAAGUCUCCCCAAAUGGAACUAAAUCUCCUGAUGUGGAAAUCCCGGUGGAUCAACCGACGAUGAUUCACGAUUUCGCGAUUACAGAGAAUUUUAUUGUGAUCCCCGAUCAGCAGGUGGUGUUCAAGCUACCGGAAAUGAUUCGUGGCGGGUCUCCUGUUGUAUAUGACAAGAACAAGAUUGCAAGGGUUGGUGUCCUAGACAAGAAAGCGAUUGACGGUUCUAAGAUCAAGUGGGUUGAAGCUCCUGAUUGUUUCUGUUUUCAUCUAUGGAAUGCGUGGGAGGAGCCGGAGAAUGACGAGAUUGUCGUGAUCGGAUCAUGUAUGACUCCUCCCGACUCCAUUUUCAACGAAACCGACGAGAGCUUAAAGAGUGUUUUAUCCGAGAUUCGGCUAAACCUCAAGACAGGAAAGUCCACCCGACGCCCGAUCCUUUCAAGUCCUGAACAAGUCAAUCUGGAGGCCGGAAUGGUGAACCGAAACUUGCUCGGUAGAAAGACCAAGUUCGCCUACUUGGCCCUCGCCGAGCCGUGGCCUAAAGUGUCCGGUUUCGCAAAAGUGGAUCUUGCUACAGGUGAAACAACCAAGUAUAUAUAUGGAGAAGAAAAGUUCGGAGGAGAGCCCUUGUUUCUUCCUAGAAGUGCCAAUAAUUCGGACAGGGAGGAUCAUGGGUACAUUUUGGCAUUCGUGCACGACGAGAAAGAGUGCAAAUCGGAGCUGCAAAUCGUGAAUGCGAUGACAUUGGAGAUGGAAGCUAGUAUUAAGCUUCCAUCUAGAGUUCCAUAUGGUUUCCAUGGUACCUUCAUUGGUGCAAAAGAAUUGCAGAAGCAGAAAUAGAUUACAAUAUCAUGCAGAGGAGGUAUUGCCAGAGGGAUGGUUAUGUAUAUACAGGUCCCCGGAAUCUCCUCUGUUGAUUUUAUUUUUUUUGAAUAUAGUUUGGUUUGUUAUUUUGAAGUGAGAGGUUUUGAGAGACCCAGCUUGUAGCUUUGUGGGUGUAGGUAGAAAUGAAGCUCAGCUGGUCUCUGCUUAUUCUCACUCAAAAAUUAUGUGAUUUAUGGAUCUGCACUAUGGUAUGGUUUCAUGUGCUAUACAAGAA